AUGGAUAAGAUGAAGAUCCCAGCGUCAGGCAAAAUUGGAGGUGCUUCCGGCUCAGGAUGCGAUCGUUGGAGAUAUCGGAGCAAAAUGUCCCAGCGACAGCAUCACCCAACGAUCCAGUCUCCAAAAGACGUCUGGACCUGUGGUCGACGAUCUGCCGCCUUUAGCAGGCGUGGCGCCACGAGGCUCCAGUCACCAGUGACGGACGCGGUCCAAAAUGAACGCUUGCCGAUGCAGCGAAUCCACAUCAAAUGGAACAUCGCCCCUGACCAUGCGACCUGGCCAGAUCGUCUCAUCCUCUCCCCCGCCAACCUUUCCCGUUGUGGUACCCUCUGUCCCGGAGCUUAUCCUAUGUCAGACUCCCAUCCUGACAAAAUGGGGGAUAUUACGACUAACAUUUUGCAUGUGGCAGGUAGGGAGUACGAGGUUUCAGAUUACAAUUCAACCCCUGUUGCUAAUGCAUCGUUGGUCCACACAGCGGCAACGGCUUACUCGAUUGCUGAUAUCCGCUUAUUCAGAGUGUCAGAUAUCAAGAUCGGUUAUUUUGCUAUCCCGGGUGCGAAUUUCGGAGAAAACAUGUGA